UUCGCGAAAUAAUUUAUGAAGUUCAACGAAAUACAAAAGAGUUAAAUAACUUAGAAAAAGAAUGUCUUUUGAUAAGUGAAGAGCUUUGUUCAAAAAAUUCUCUUUUACAAAAUGAACGAAAAAUAUCGAAUGAAUUAAGAAUUCGUUUAAAAUCAGCGUCAGAAGCAAUUAAUCGUUUAGAAGAAGAAAAAAUGCGUGAUAAAAUUAAUUAUUCAAAUUUAUCAGUAAAUUAUGAAAAUGUGCUUAGAGAACGCGAAAUUUUAACAAAAGAAACCCUAUUUUCUCAAACAAAAGCUGCAAAAUUUCAAUUAAAAAUUGAAAAUUUAGAGCAUAUAUUACAACGAGAAAUUCAACAAAAAGAAAAACUAGAACAAACAUUACAAGAAUUAAAAAAUAAUAGUGAAAAGAUCAUUAUUAAUAUUAAUAUGAAUAUGGCUAAAAUUGAAAAAGAACAGAAAUAUCUAUUAGAAAGUGCCAAAGCUAUAAUCCAAUUAAAUAAACGUUUGCAAACUUUUGGUCUAUGUUUUCAUGCAAUUAAUCAAAAAAACAAAGUUGAUAUAAAAAAUUUACAACAUAAACUAAUUACUCUUUCUGUUAACGAAUUUAUGCAAUCAUCUAAUAUUAACACAGUACAUCCGGAAAUAGAAAAUCUGCAUUCUAAACUAAAAAAAAUGUUAAUGGAAUUGAAAUUAAAAAUGCAAAAUAUUGCAUUAUAUGAAGAAAAAUUGAAUAUUAUAUUCAAUGAAUUAUCCAUAAAUUUAACACAAAUACAACAAUAAUCUAUGAC